AUGGACAAGCCAUUCCUCCGACUUGCUCCCAUCAAGGUCGAGAUUCUCAGGUUAGGAGCCUCUCGCAGUGCUCUUCAAAGAGGUCAUCUGAAACGUGCUACUGUACAGAAUGCUGUGACGGGUGAACUAGAGACAGCCAGCUACCGUAUUAGUAAGAGUGCAUGGCUUAAGGAAGGUGAGCAUGAGGUAGUUGCUCGAGUUAACAGGAGGAUCGGCGACAUGACCAAUCUCAAUCAGGCCACAUCAGAAGAUUUACAGGUGGCGAACUAUGGUCUUGGUGGUCAUUAUGACCCUCAUUUCGAUUUUGCAAGAAUAGCUAAUUAUGGCCUUGGUGGUCAUUAUGCUCCACAUUUUGACAUGUCGACGAGAGGCGAAAAGGAACCCUACCGAGAGAAUGGCAAUCGCAUCGCUACCGUGCUAUUCUAUAAAGAAGAGAAGAACGCGUUCAAAAACCUCAACACUGGAAAUAGAAUCGCAACCGUAUUGUACUACAUGACCCAACCUGAACGGGGAGGAGCGACCGUUUUCAACCACCUCGGUACCGCAGUAUUCCCAUCCAAGUUUGACGCACUCUUCUGGUACAAUCUUCUGAGAAGUGGCGAGGGAGAUUUACGCACAAGACAUGCUGCUUGUCCAGUGCUUCUUGGCGUGAAAUGGGUGUCGAACAAGUGGAUUCACGAACGCGGUCAGGAGUUCACGCGCCCUUGUGGUUUGGAUGAAGACGUUCAGGAAUACUAUGUUGGAGAUCUCACUCCCUAUUCCCGUAAGAAGAAGACUAAGUAA